CAAAAAAAAAACAAAAACAAAAAAGAAUCCUUGAGAAAAAACCUUGCACCUACUUUAACUAUAGAAAAAAAAUUAAGAAAAAUGUCUUGUUAUCGGUUAAUCAGAAUGAUGAUGACGAUAUAUUUGUCUAUCAUAAUGAUAAUAUUAUUACCCAACAAACAUGAACGAUUAAUUUUGGCAAAACCAACAAAUUUACUCAAAGGUGUCAUUAUAAGGAAUUGGCCAUAUGCCGAUCGAUUUGGUCAACAUUAUGAAGGUUUUGCUGUUGAUCUACUUGAUUUGAUUGCCGAACGUGUUGGUUUUGAAUAUUGUCUUCAUCAACCAUUGGAUGGUAAAUAUGGUUCAAUGAAUCCUGAUGGUACUGUAAAUGGUAUGAUUGGUGAAGUCUAUACAAAUGAAGCAGACUUUGCUGCUGGUGAUCUUGAAGUAACUGAAUCAAGACGAAAAUAUGUUGAUUUUACCGAACCAUUUAUUGAGAAUCAAUUAUCGGCAAUCAUAUCACGUGAUCUAAAUAAAUUAAAUCAACAACAACAAUUCAUGUCACUUCAGGAUUUAGUUCAAGCUAAUGAUGAUAGUGGAUCAAUUGAUUCGCAAUUAAAUGGACCAAUAAAUUUUGUCGUAGUACGUAAUAGCGCUAUUUUUGAUUAUCUUUCCCGUAGUCAACAUCCAACAGCAAAAAAGAUUUACGAAUCAAUAAUGAAUAAAUCAUUAUUAGUCGAUACGGCCAAUGAUGGUGUUGAUCUUGUAUUUCGAAAUCCACGUUAUGCAUUUCUUGUUGAAUCAACAUUUGCCGAAGAUGUUAUCGGACAGAAUUGCAAUCUUACAAUGAUUAUGGAUCGACAAUCAUUGUUUCCAAGAAAUUUUGCCAUUGCUUUGGUUCGUGGUUCACCAUAUCUUGAACGAUUUAAUCAAGCUAUUCGUGAACUGAAAAAUCGUGGUCAGGUAGAACUUUUACGGCAAAAAUAUUGGACGAAAAUCUGUAAUGAACAAGGACAACAAAUUCGUGAUGAUGAUAUUGGAAGUCGAUUGCCUAGCCCACCAAGUUCACCACCACGAUCACCAUUAUCAUGGCAAGAUCAACGACCAAGGUGGCCACAACAACAACAACCAAAUUCAUCACAGCGAUAUCAAUAUCCACAACCUUUAUAUGGUAAUCGUCGACAACAACAGCAACAACAACAACCUUCAUAUCCUCAACGGAAUUAUCCGGGAAAUUUUCAACAACCAACCGAUUCAAGACAAUUUCAAUCAGUUGAAUAUCCACGACAAUCUUCAUGACAAUUAUGACAAUAAUAGCAAAUAUAGAAUCAUCGCCAAGUUUGAAUAGAAAAAGAAAACUUUUAAAAUAAAAAUU